CUCCCUCGAUUUCGCCGCUUUUCGCCGCGAGAGAAAAACAAUAACAAUCGAUAUUUUUUUUGUAGUGAAAAUCGUGAAAAUCUCUUAAAACCCAUAAAUUUUUCAAGUGUUUUCUUGUGAAGAUCUUUCAAUAAGUAUGAGAGUUUACAGAUUUUCUACAAUUUGAAGAAAAACUUUUGUUAUAUUUUGAGGAAAAGUUUUCCUGAGGAAUUAUGAUAAAUAGCGACACAAAGCAAGGUGUCUAUGCUCCAUUGUGUCAGACCAUGAGUGAUUCAGAGAGUGAAGAAGAGCUGCUACACAGAAAUCACCAUCAUGCCAGGCUUCAGUCAAAAUCUACAAAUCCAGCUAGAACUCCCAGCAAUCUCAACCGGAUUGAGAAUCACCUGAUGUUUUCCACCACUGAGAUUCUGGGAAAUUACAGCAAUGUCGAAGGGGGACAUGUACCUGCUUCGUGGACAAAUACCCUUCCUGAGAAGAAAGGCAUGUCUGGAGGUAGGAAAAUUCUUUUUUUCUUGUCCAUCGGACUGUGUAUUUUUGUGACAGUGGGAUUCCUGUGGCUAUUGCCAUGUUCAGAUUCAGCCACAUGUUCCAGUGGUGAGAAAAAAAUAAAGACACACAAUUGGCUUAGGGAUUAUGAGAAGAUUGAACUAAAGGGAAUAAUAAAUACAGUGACAGGACUGAAGGGAAGGGGGAAGAAUUUGAUUUUCAUGUACCGUAGCGAUAGGGUAUUUGCGGAAUUUGAUGAAAAUGAUCAUCAUACAAAUGGGAUUAUUUCACUGAUUGGACGGGGAGGGCAAGUGGCUUGGUAUGAUGAAAUGCCCGAGGAGCCAAAAUCCAUAGAUUGUACAUUGCUCGAUGUGGACAAAAACGGCGAGGCAGAUUGUCUGAUUGUGGGGCAGAUGGGUCAGCUGGGAGCUCUGGAUCCAGUAUCUGGCGAAUGGCUGUGGCAUAUAAGCCCAAGAAUUGGGAAUUCUUCAAAAAUUCCUGAAGAUGCCGUUGAUUUUCCUCUGAUUCUUCCGGAUCUGGAUGGAGAUGGCGUUAAGGAUCUCCUCCAGAUUGGACCCAGUGAAACCAAUCAGCACAAUAGUUUAUUCCUCAUCUCGGGGGCAACUGGAAGAAUCCUGGGGAAGAGCUAUACCGUGGCGGAGUGUGAAAGUGUCCACAAACUCACAAUAGACAGAAACUUCCGGAUUAAUUUGAGUUGCUGGCGAAAUGAGAGCUCUGUGUCCUAUGUCAAAUCUCUAGAUGAUCUCUACAGACUAUGGACUAACAAUGCCUUGAAAGUUGAUGCACUCUCAAAGCCAGAAACAAUCGAACAGCAUAGAUUGUUGGGUCAGAGGAAGAAUACGGAGAAUCAGAUUAAUAUCUAUCCGUCUGGCGGGAAGGAACUCAUCAUUGAGAACCGAGGAAAGUGUCCUCAUCACUGCAAUAUGACUGUGCGCCUCAUGGAUGAGAAGCAGAAUCAUGAAGUACUGAUAAGGAAUGGCACAGGAAUUUACGGAAUGGUCCCAACUAUUCUCAGUCUCAACACCACAAAAUCCACCCUAAAUGGGUUUAUCGUGAAGUUCUGGGAAUGGACUCCGGCUGCAGGAGAAUUCUUCCGGAAGCGUCGUGAAUUCCCUGAGAUCAUCCGCAAUCACACUCACUCCCCUCUUGAGCCGAUCCUUCGCAUGAGGGUUCUGAGGGAAGUUGUACUGAUGAUCCUGUUCAAUUCCACGGAUACUCGUGUCAUCAAUACAAGUCAGAACAACAUCGUUCAGUUUUGCCUAGAAGAGCAUGGCGAGGAGAUUUUCUGCCAGCCAGAUCUCAACUAUCAGGAGAACUCUCUGCUAAUUGCAGAUCUCGAUGAAGAUGGCUCUCAGGAGCUCAUUUCCUACUACACCACUUUUAUCAGUUCAGACAAUGAGAAGGAGAAUUGGAGGCUCAUCACUUACGUGCAGCUCCUGAGGCUGGAAUCCGAGCUGGCCAAACUCAAUGAUUCUGAGGGAUUAAACUAGAAGCAACUAAAAGGGAGAGCCUCAAAGGACCAAAGAAGCUAACUAACUUUUGAAUGUCAGUGAAUUGAAAUAAGUUCCAGGGCUAAUUCGUAUUUUCAGUACAAGAUAUUCUUAUUGGAUAAUUACCAUAAUUACGCUUUAUUUCCUUCAUUACAUGAGAGAUUAUUUUAAGAAUUGGACACAAAAAUUGCGAUUUUUUAGAAUUAUGGAAUUUUUUGAGGCAGAAUUUACAAGAUGAAAACGUUAUUUCUAGUAGGAUAUCUAUCAAUAGAAAAUCCUCAAAUAGGAGUUUCUUCUUUAAAUUUACAAUAAGAAACCUGUUGAUAUAUUUCGAUUUUA